UAUCGUUCACUUCGAAAAAUGCUUAAAAGUGAUUUAUUAAUCCCCUGUUUGCUUUUUGUUCUGUAUUAUAGAAUGCUCUUUGACUGCGCCAAGGAACCUAAGUAGUUUUUAAGUUAGUGAAAUUAUAUUCAUUACACUGAUAUCGUAAAAUUAUUACAAAAAGACUAAAAUGACUCAAGAAGAAAAGUUUUCUAUGCAAGUGGCCGAAAAAUUGCUAUCUUACAAAAACGUGAAUUUUUCUUAUUUCUUCAAUAACUCUGAAGAGAAUGUUUCUAGCUCAUUGAACCAAAAUGAAUACGACGAAUACGGCUGUCCAUUUCCAGACCAUUACUAUAAGGAUUUGACCCAAAUCCCUGCAGUUUUGGCAACUAUCAUCGUCAUUUACGUCGUUGUCAUUGUCCUAGCAAUCUGUGGAAACAUGUUAGUGAUUUGGACGGUUUGGAAAAAUAACCAUAUGCACACAGUGACCAAUUAUUACAUUGUGAACUUGGCAGUAUCUGACUUGCUGGUUUCUGCGAUCGUAACUCCACUGAAAUUGCUGGAGUUUACGGCCCCGUGUCGCUGGAACAUAUUCCGGAGUGACGGAUUCUGUUCAUUUAUGUCGUAUUUUCAACCUGUUUUUGUCUUUACCAGUGUCCUCACGCUUGUCGCCAUCUCCAUAGAAAGGUACUAUGCCAUCGUCCAUCCCUUAUCCGCUAUGAAAGUAAACAGCAAGUCACGGACCAAAAGAAUAAUUGCAGCUACUUGGAUCAUUCCAGCCAUUUUGGCCACACCCUACUGUUUCAGUCGGUCAGACCCUUUCACAAUAAUCAGCGAGCUGGGAUCUAUUUCUAGAGAAACCUGCACUGAUCGCUUUGACGAACUGGACGGACAAACAGGGAACUUCCGAAGAAUCUUUUUCGUCAUUUUGUUCAUCGUUAUGUAUUUUAACCCACUGACUAUUAUUGUUGUCACAUGCACCAAAAUUGCUAUAUGUCUGACCAGGCCGUUUGUCGUGGGAAACUCAGCACCCUGUAAACAGGACCCCGCCGCUAGACGGCGCCACGAAGUAAAUAAAAGAAAGGUUGCCCGGAUGGUUAUAGUUGUGGCGAUCGCUUUCUUCGUUGCUUGGUCCCCGAUGUAUAUAGUCAGCGUUGUCUCUGUCCUCCAGCCGGAAAAUUUCCUCCAAAAAUCUAAUUUCGUUUUCACCAUGCUGAGUGCACAUUUAUUUGGAUUCAUAAACAGUUGUGUCAACCCCUUCAUUUACACAGUCAUGAGCGAAAAAUUCCGACAGAGUUUCAAACGUACAUUGUGUCGUAUUUUUUGUAAUUUUAUAUACUGCCGUCAGAAGAUUAUGAAAUACAGAAAUGGGAGCAUCAUUCAGCGAAGAUCAACAAAUGUGACUUCUGCGACAAGGAGUUUCAAUGAAGCAGAAGAUGAACCUCUUCACAAUAGUAGUUCCGAUAAUAGCCGAGGGACUACGAAUACAAGGUUUAAAGAAGGCCAAAGUAGCAAUAGUGAAAACGAAGAUGCGGGGAAGGUGAAUAAAAUAAGGACCCCUAACAAGGAGUCGAGAGUUAAGUUCUCAAGGAAUACUGAUUGUAUAUGUAUAUCGAAUGGACGUAUGGAAGAAAGUUCUAAGACUGAACCUGAUAUCAUAUUGGGUACAGGAGUCUUUGAGAUUCGAUCUGAUUCCAGCAAUGUAAAGGAUGUAUUCAAUAAUGAUACAUUUAAGAAUGAUACAGAGCACGGUUCUUCGUUAAAACGGCUCACGUUGUUGGAUUAGUACUAUGAAAACAUGCGUACACACGGCAUAUCGUAAAUUGAAUAUUUCUAUUUAUUUUUAAAAAUAUAGGGAGCGUGAUAUAAAAUUUAUCCUUUCAAACUCAUCUCAACCAGAUAAUUAAAUGGGCUUUUCUGAUCAAACCGUGUCUUUAUGUUAUGUCUACAUUAGGUGUAAAUUAAUAUUUUUAACUUCCUGACUACAAAGGUUAGUAUAGCUGGCCUAGUCACGAAAUGGCACAGUUCCUUAAUGUAGCUGCCAAUAUUUGUACGGAGCUCUCAGGAUAUCAGCUAAUCCAGUCUGACUUAGAAAAUGAAACUUUGAUGGUUUUGAAUGUUCAGUCAAUUUAUCCAGAUACACGAGUAACCCCUAAUCAAGCAGAGAUUCAUUUAAGAAUAUAGAACAAAUUGUUUAUUAUGCAGUCAUCACAACCAUGCUGAUGAUACUUGUGACUCAAAUGAGCAUUGUGGCACAGAAGCACUGUUUUCUGAUUUUAUUUAUUUAUUUGAAAGCUUUGUUGUGACAAAUAAAUAUUGAAACCAAACGCUGAA